AUGGCAAACGUAUGCGAGCCCCUAACGCUGGCGAAAGAUGUAAAACGCUCAAUCGAAUUGUUGGAAAAGUUGCAAAUGAGCGGCGAAGUGCCCGCCACCAAACUGGCGGCCCUGCAAAAAGUGCUGCAGAGUGAUUUCCUGAACGCUGUGCGGGAAGUGUACGAGCACGUUUACGAAACGGUCGACAUCCAGGGUUCGCUCGAUGUGCGUGCGUCUGCUACGGCCAAGGCCACGAUUGCAGCAUUCGCCGCCAGCGAAGGACACGCCCAUCCGCGCGUCGUCGAGCUGCCCAAAACGGACGAAGGGCUCGGGUUUAAUGUGAUGGGCGGCAAGGAACAAAAUUCGCCCAUCUACAUCUCGCGUAUCAUUCCCGGCGGUGUGGCCGAUCGGCACGGAGGGCUUAAGCGUGGUGAUCAGCUGCUGUCCGUGAAUGGUGUGUCCGUCGAGGGUGAAAAUCACGAAAAGGCCGUCGAGCUGCUCAAGCAAGCGGUUGGCUCGGUAAAGCUGGUCGUUCGCUAUACGCCCAAGGUGCUGGAGGAGAUGGAACUACGGUUCGAUAAGCAGCGCGCUGCUCGGAGGCGCCAACAGUAUUAA